AUGCCUCCUAAGAAGCGCGGAGCUGCCGCCGUAUCCUCAUCGGCACCUAAGAAACGACAAUCCAAGCUGGCCAAGGAGAACGACAUCACCGCGGACGAGGAAAACGAGAUCAAGGAAGUUUUCCAUAUCUUUUCAGAACCCAAUGAGGAGUUUCCCAAAGAAAAGGAAGGUGUGAUUGCCCAAGAGGACGUCCGGAAAGCUCUUGUAGCGCUGGGCCUCCCACCCUCUGACUCAAGCGAACUCGAAUCCAUACUCGCCGCAGUUGACCCAACCGGAACCGGCUUCGUCCCUUACGAGCCCUUUCUAUCCGUCGCCGCAGCAAAGUUAAGGUCACGGUCUGAUGAGGCCAUGUCUGCUGAAGUGGAUGCGGCUUACCAACUAUUUACGAAAGGUACAGAAGGUCCCAUUACUUUUGGCCAUUUGCGGCGAAUUGCACGGGAAUUGAAAGAGGAUAAAAUCGACGAUGCGCUCCUGAGGGAUAUGAUAUUGGAAGCGAAUGGCGGCGCCGGUGUCGAUGCUGGUGUAACUUUGGAGCAGUUUCAGGAGAUUAUGAUGAGGGCUGGCGUUUUCUAA